GCUUACUUAUUACUUAUAAUACUAAUUAACAAUUUGAACAGAAUAGAUUCUAUUAGAAUCAGGAUAUUUAAAUAUUUCUAUAAACGAGGAGCUGCUGUCAGGCUGAUAGCAGUCAAUACAGGAUUGUCUUUGUUAUUUGGAAAAAAAUUAGAUUACAGAAAAGCCUUGAAAAUGAUGGGAAUGUACUUCGACACGGGUGUCAAAAUGAGUGACAUUUUGUUUGCUGGAUGGGACACCAACUCUAAUACUGAUGUGGUCAUUGCAUCGCUGAUAUCAUUCCUCAUCACAAUCUUGUUUGAGGGCUUGAAAACUUUCAAAUCUUUCAUCAUACUCAUGAGAAAAAAGAAGCCUACAUUUUCUGGAACAUCAGGCAUUGAGAUUAGAGAAUCACAGACCAACCUUCUUGCCUCCCUAGAUAAUCCUGACCCUAACCAGAUCAGAAAGUGGAGGGCAAUAAUUUUUCUUGUUGAAAGUUUCAUCCAUGUUGUGAGUUUCUUUUAUGGCUACCUGCUGAUGUUGAUUGUGAUGACCUACAGUGUUUGGUUUGUUCUGGCUGUAGUUAUAGGGUCAGGCUUUGGAUAUUUCAUGUUCCACCCCAUAAGCCUACACCUACAAUUUAAAUACUCCUCACGUGCCAAGAAGGACACGACUGCCAGUUGCUGCAGUGGUAAGGCUACACCCAGCAUAAACACAGAAUUUGAAGAAACAUCCAGAUUGCAGAGUCAGCAAAGAAGUUACAACACUAUUUCCCAAGAACCCAACUAGAUGCAAAACAGCUAUUUAUUUAAUGUUUUUUUUAAGAUGUUAUACUUUAAUGAACUUGCCUAACCAUUACGUAUUAUGUUGAUUUUUAAAUUGCGCUAAUGUAUUGUUUGUCCAUACUUUAUUGUUUAAUUACCUGGUGGCUUUUUAAAUUUUUUUUUAUAUUCGUACAUUACCAUAUGUUAACAGUUUUAAUUUAUUUCUCUUGCUUUAAAAUAUGCUUUGGUUUAUUUAUGUUUCAGCUUCUAGAAAAACGCUUAUGUUUUGUCCAUAAAAUAAAUAACCUUUUUUAUUGACCUAAUUUUAGUGGACAUCAUUUGACACGUUGGCAACUUUAAUAUUAUAUGCAUUACUCUUUUUAUUGUUUACAGGUGCAAAUAAGACAAAACCAACAUUGAUAUUAAAGUAUUCUUUUUAUAGACAAACAACAUUCAUUAAUUACGUCUAUAAAAAAAUUCAAUUUUUUUAAUAAUCACUUGAAUUUUAUUCAUUUUUUCGCACUGUAGAAUAGCAUUUUAUACCUCAAUAUUUAUCUAUGAUUGGACAUUGUGGUCAAAUGGAAUAGAGUGUGAUUGCUAACAUAAGUCUUGAGAUCAUUUUCCAGGCUGGAAUAAAAACUAAAUACAUAAAUUUCCCUUGCUCAUUUGGGUCCUGAAUUAUGAGUAGGAAUGUAAAGAUAGCUAAAACCACACAUUUACAUCUUAGGCCAAGAUCAUGAGACAGUAGAAGUAGGUGAUCUCCUGUUACAUCUGCUGUUUAGACUACAGGUCUGAAACUCUGGGUACUUAUCUAGAAAAAAGAUUUGUAUAAAGUUAGUUGUUUCUGUUAUUUGAAGAAUAUGUUACUUGAAAUAAA